GCUACAAUGCUCUUCUGUGAAAACAUUUCCAAAACCUAUGGCUUCUGUUUUCAUAUCUGACUGUGUCAACAAAACACGUCUUCCCCAUAGACCAACCUAUCUGAACCUCUACAAGUGGCCAGAAUCUGAUAUAGAAUUUGUGAAAACUAUGAGAAAUUCUACAUCAAUCAGAGAUAAAGCAGUAUCACUGAAUUGUAACGCGAGUGUAGUUUCUGAUGUGCAAGCAAAAGAAGUUGAUAGCUUCUCGUGCAGGCAGAUGUACCUAAGAAGCUACAAAUUCUCAAAGAAGAAAGUUGGUGUGACUGAGAAGACAUUGAAGUGUUUGAAUAGACUGAAGGAAGGUGUGAAUUGUGUGAGUAAUAAACUGAAAUUGAAGGGUAAGAAUAAGGUUCUAGGGAGAGCCAGAGAUGUUACUUAUGCUGCUUUCUCAAUCUUUCAAACCUUUCUACCCUGCUAUGCUAAGGUUGAUGUUCUUCAUGAUUUCUAAUUCAUCUUCUCCAAUUUAUCAUCAUAUGCUUCUUUUCCUUUUCAUCUUCUUCUGCUUUAAACUAUGUUCUUCUGUGUGCUUUUUUCUGCUUUUUUUUUCCUGUAUUUUUUGUAAGGCAAAGAUAACGAAGUGCUGUAUAAAAACUUGAAGCAGAAUUGCAGCAGUGUUUUGCUAAUUUCUUUCUGCUGCAGAU